AACCAGUUAUUUGUUCUUUUUGGCCAUACCGGCGAAUGCGUAGGUAUUUUUUUUGAUAACGAGUAAGGCGAGUUCGUUGUUAAAAUGUGUUGGUAUAAAAUGGUGGUGAACCUAUCAGAAUUUAUCAGUUCUCCGUUUGACGUGAGCUAAUCAAGUCUGUCAGCAUGAAUACUUUGUCGUUCAUCACCUUCUUGGCCGCUGUAGCCUGUGCGUGCGCUUCAAGCCACAUCCUGCAAGGCCCCAGUAGCAGAUCAACGGUGAUUGGUCCGGACGGCAGCUUGAUCUCCUCGUACACCCCUGGGGCGCAGGUGAUCGCUGACCACGCCCCAGCAGCCACCCUACUGGCUGCCGCCCCCCUGGCUUACUCCGCCCAUCCUUUGGCCUACUCCGCCCACCACUUGGCCUACGCCGCCCACCAUUUACCCUACGCCGCUCCCUUGGCUUAUGCUGCUGCGGCGCCUGUGUAUGGCAGGAGCUCGCAUACCGUCGUUGCAGGACCCUCCGGAACGAUAUCGCAUGCUGAUGCUGACAACAGAUACAUCUUCUAAAUUAUUAAGGAAUCACGAUUGAUUGAAU